UCGCCCUCGUCCUCGCCCUCGCCCUCGCCCUCAGACUCUCGAGACACACGCCUCACCACUGCCUUCAUCCGCCGGCGCACAUCUGCACUCGCGCAAACGCAUCCGCACCCGUAUGCAAUUGCCCUCUCUUCCUCUCCGUCCGCAUCAUCGCCUCGUAAUCGCCAACCUCCUCCGCCUUCUCUCCCUCCCUCCCUCUUCUUCCCUCCUCUUCUCUCCUCCUCUUCCUCUCCUUCUCGCCUUCUUCCUCUCUCCCGAUCCCAAUUCACCCUCUCGCUCCCGCCUCCUCCCCUCCUUGGGGUUCUGGAUUGGUGAGUUCCCGCCAAGGGUUUCUUCUGCCCAAAGGCCACCCCGUCCCUUCUACCCUGUUCCACCCCUCGCGUCGUCAACCUGUCCGAUCUGCGCACUUAGUGGGGCACCGCCAUCUGGUUCUUUUCUCCCUCUCCUGUCUUUGAAAUACACAUCUGAGACGCUCCCAUUCCUUACUCUGUUUUGCCUGUAACAAUUUAUUUGUCUUGGGCGGCUGGUCAAGAUCUAACAUUUCUUCUCCUCCGCAGAUACUCUCUGAAUCAGCCGAGUCAUCGUUACCCGUCGAUUCAUUUCUCUUCCCUUGAUUCGGACGCUUACUUGGCUUGUUCUGCGACAACGACAAGAUGGUCAAGGAGACUAAGUUAUAUGAUGCUCUUGGCGUACGUUCUGCUUCCUGGUCUUAACCUCUCCCUUCCCAGCCUCCCCCCCCGAA